AUGCUCCCCGAGACUAUGCCCGAAUGGAAGCAUGAAGAUGAUGGGGGUCGAGGGAAGCAUCGCGACUAUGCUGUAGCUAUAGUAGAGGGGAUGAGGCGCUGUAUUAGAAAAACACCAAAUUGGGCUAAGCUGUAUAAUAUUCGACAGGAAAAGAGUGAAAAUCCAGCUGCCUUUUAUGAACGCCUGUGUAACACUUGUAAGAGGUACACAGACCUUGAUCCGGAAGAUGCCAAUGGAAAGCGGGUAUUGAUUCCCCUCUUCAUUGGACAAUCUUAUGAGGACAUCAGGAAAAAGCUGCAAAAAUUGGAAGGAGCAUUGGGUAAAAAUAUAGAGGAGCUUUUAGAAAUUGCAAUGAAGGUUUAUGAUCGCAGAGACGAUGAGGAACGAAAGAAAAAGGCCCGCGUUUUGGCACUGGCCCUAAGGGAGGGAAAUGAGGAGAAGGGGGGCAAGGCUAAAGGACGAUCGGGGCCACCGAGUAAGGGCAAGGGAAAGGGUCCCCGUUUAGGUCGAAAUCAAUGUGCUAUCUGUAAGGAGGAGGGACACUGGAAAAACGAAUGCCCCCGGCGACAGGGAAGAGAAUACAAGGAUAGAGGGGGCCGGAGGACCCAGCGGCCCCUCCUGGCAGCACAGGCUGCCAGCUUGGAUCCCACGGUAAAAAUUAAAGUGGAGGGCCGCCCAAUUGAAGCCCUAAUCGAUACUGGGGCUACCCUUAGUCUACUCCCCCUCAAUAAGGCUCCCCGGGGUAGAGCUCAGGGACGUGCCAUUGUUCAAGGGAUUGAGGGACAGACUACCGCUUUGGAGAAAACUCUCCCUCUCCUAGUAAAAGUCGGGGACCAACAGAUCUCUCACCAGUUCAUUUGCAGUCCCUCUUGUCCCAUAGCACUACUCGGACGAGACAUCCUCACUAAAUUGCAGGCGGAGAUCUCGUUCGAGGAUGGGAAAAUGGAAGUCAGGAUCCCGAAACAACAAACCUCUAAUUACCAGAUGGCUCUCAUAAGUGCUAGAAAUCACUCCUCGGAAUGUCAGGAGAGUGGCGAGAGCCAGCUGCCGGGGGUUAACUCUGAGGCCUCCUCUGAGGUCGGUCCUAUUCAUGACUGUAUUGAAGUCUUGCAACAAGAAACCAAACCCCGAUCUGAUCUUUCAGACCUGCCUUGGCCCAACCCUGAUGUUGAGGGAUAUGUUGAUGGGUCUAGCUAUGUGGUAAAUGGCAAGCGAUUUACUGGGGCGGCGGUGGUGAUUAAGGAUAAAGGGAUACAUAAAUUUAAACUCAGCCCCAACUUAUCUGCUCAGGCAGCGGAAUUAGUGGCUCUCAUUGAGGCUCUCCGCUUGGGAGCCGGGAAAACCCUUAAUUUAUAUACUGACAGUCGGUAUGCUUACAUGGUGGUACAUGCACACGGGACCCUGUGGAGAGAAAGAGGAUUCAUUACGGCCUCAGGCCAAAAGAUUGCACAUGGGAGCCUCAUUAAAAUGUUGCUCGAGGCCCUAAUGCUCCCUCUCCGGGUUGCCGUGAUACAUGUGCGUGCCCAUGGGAAAGCCCCCGAGGCCGAACAGCGGAGGUAUAAUCAGCUGGCUGAUCAGGCCGCGAAGGAGGCCGCCCGAGAUGGGGCCUUAUGGCUUCUCAUGGUUCAGGACACUGAGGCUAAAACCCCUCCUCCCCAAUACACAGCCGAGGAGAUAGGUCAAGCCCAGGCUGCGGGAGGCCGGCAGCUGCAUCGAUACGCGGCGCCUUUCCAGGCCCUUCCCUUGGACCAGACCGUGCAUCCCUUCCGGAUCGGUGACCAGGUCCUUAUCAAAAAGUGGAAGUGCGACCCCCUGACGCCGAGGUGGGACAGUCCACACACUGUUUCGCUCAUCAGCCAGGCCGCGGUUAAAAUUCUCGGGAGUGACAAAUGGACACACCACACACGGGUUAAGCGGUUCCUGACCCCGAACCUGGAAGCCGACUCAACAGAAGAGGACAUCAGCCCUCUGUCCACCCCGGCUCCGGAGGCCCGGGGUGGCACGGGCGAAGACACCGUCUGGGAAUAUCAAGGACUUGACGGACUGAAAGGACUGUUUAAGAAAAAACGAUAA